AUGUUAAUGACUAUACAUGAAAUUUUAGAUGAGGAAUUUCGAAUAGAACAUAAAAGGAGAAGGCCACGAACAACUAGUACAAAUGCAGUAAAAGUUCGUAAUGUGUUUUGUAAUGCAAGUAAAAAAGUUCUUCUCAUAUCUGCUGUAAUAGAUGAUUACAACUAUAAUAUGAGUGGUGUUGAUAUAGCUAAACAAUUAAGAGGUUAUUAUGACACACAAGUUCCUGUACAUC